CUUAUCACCAGCUUUGGAGCUUUCGACUAUUCUCUUCUUCUCUUGUUUCCAUUGGAUUCAUUCAUUCAUCAAACAAUGACCAAGAAAAGGGAGAAGAAAGCAGAGGCACUUCAGCGUCAGAAUCCCAAAGUCGAUGAAGUUACCAGGAUUCGCAUUUCCCAGAUUUUAGAAGACUUUCGAGCCUCUAAAGAUGAAGUGUACAAGUUUGAUGCUAGUUUGUCCAACCAAGAACGUGCUUUAGUACAUCAAGUAUCCCAAAAAAUGGGGUUUAGAUCUAAAAGUUCUGGGCUUGGGAAGGAAAGGAGUGUGUGUAUUCAAAAAAUCAAAAAGAAGGUUGACACCAAUAAUGGGUUUGGGAGUCUUCCUCAUUUCACAUUUUCUGAAGAGGCGAAGCAGGUAUUAGGAGAUUUGUUUGCUCAUUAUCCACCUGGUGAUGAAAACAUGUGGGACAUGAUUGGAGAAAAUAGUGACACUACUGACGAAACAAGACAAAAGAAGGAUGAUAUUUUUGGCAGGCCCUCUAUGACCAAAGCUGAAAUUGCUAAUAAAUUGGAAGCUCUUGCUUCUAGAAUGAUGACUGUCCCUAACUUGAAACAGAUCACUGAAGAGAGAUCUAAGCUUCCAAUUGCAUCUUUCAAGAAUAAUAUUACAUCAACUGUUGAAUCUUACCAGGUAGUUCUCAUAUCUGGUGAGACUGGUUGUGGAAAGACUACACAGGUCCCACAAUUUAUUUUGGAUCAUAUGUGGGGCAAGGGUGAGGUAUGUAAAAUAGUUUGCACUCAGCCUCGGCGUAUCUCUGCAACUUCAGUUUCUGAGAGAAUCUCCAGUGAGAGAGGAGAAACUAUUGGAGAAAAUGUUGGAUAUAAGAUACGGUUAGAAAGCAGAGGUGGAAGACAAUCAUCAAUUGUGCUAUGUACUACUGGAAUUCUAUUAAGGAUGUUGGUUUCUAAAGGUUCUCAUUUGUCUAAGAUGGGGCCUGUGAAGGAUGACAUUUCUGGCAUCACUCACAUAAUUAUGGAUGAAAUUCAUGAAAGAGACCGAUACUCAGACUUCAUGUUGGCAAUCAUCAGAGACAUGCUACCUUCAAAUCCUCACCUACGUCUGAUAUUAAUGAGUGCUACCAUUGAUGCUGCGAGAUUUUCUCAAUAUUUUGGAGGCUGCCCAAUUAUCAAUGUUCCAGGGUUCACUUAUUCGGUCAAAACUUUCUAUUUGGAGGAUGUACUUACUGUUGUAAAACCAAGCAAUGAUAAUCAUCUUGAUAGUACCACAUUUAGUACUCCAAUAAACAAUCUUGAGCUAAGUGAAGAAGAGAAGCUUUCUUUUGAUGAAGCUAUUAAUUUGGCUUGGUCUAAUGAUGAGUGGGACCUGCUGUUAGAGUUGGUUUCUUCUGAAGGAACCCCAAAACUAUUCAAUUACCAGCAUUCUUUAACUGGCCUUACUCCAUUAAUGGUGUUUGCUGGAAAAGGGAGAGUGGGUGAUAUGUGUAUGCUCUUAUCUCUUGGAGCAGAUUUCAGUUUAAGGGCCAAAGAUGGAACAAAUGCACUGGAGAUUGCCGAAAGGGAAAACCAGCCAGAAGCUGCUGAAAUAUUGAAGAAGCACAGUGAUAAUGAUUUUUCUAACUCCAUGGAAGAGGAGAAGUUGCUUAAUAAAUAUAUUGCAACGGUCAACCCUGAACUUGUUGAUGUUGUUCUGAUAGAGCAGCUGAUAAGAAAAUUAUGUUUUGAUUCAAAAGAUGGAGGUAUCCUUGUUUUUCUUCCUGGCUGGGAUGAUAUAAAUAGAACACGUGAGAGAUUGCUUGCAUCCUCUUUUUUCAAGAAUACCUCAAAGUUUAUGGUCAUAUCUCUGCAUUCGAUGGUUCCAACUAUGGAGCAAAAGAAGGUUUUUAGGCGCCCACCUCAUGGUUGCCGCAAAAUUGUUCUCUCAACCAAUAUUGCUGAAACUGCUAUCACCAUUGAUGAUAUAGUGUAUGUCAUAGACACUGGACGGAUGAAAGAAAAAAGUUAUGAUCCUUAUAAUAAUGUGUCAACUCUUCAGUCAUCUUGGAUUUCAAAAGCAAGUGCUAAGCAGCGAGAGGGGCGUGCUGGCCGCUGUCAACCUGGAAUUUGCUAUCAUCUGUAUUCAAAGAUUCGAGCAGCUUCCUUGCCAGAUUUUCAGAUUCCGGAAAUUAGGAGAAUGCCCAUUGAGGAGCUUUGUCUGCAGGUAAAGUUGCUUGAUCCAAGCAGCAAAAUAGAAGAGUUUAUUGGCAAGACAUUAGAUCCUCCAGUUUUUGAGUCCAUACGUAAUGCUAUUAUAGUUCUUCAAGAUAUUGGUGCAUUGUCACUUGAUGAAAAACUUACCCAGCUAGGGGAGAAGCUUGGUUGUCUUCCUGUUCACCCAUUAAUCAGCAGGAUGCUUUUUUUUGCUAUAUUGAUGAACUGCCUUGAUCCAGCUUUAACUCUAGCAUGUGCAUCUGAUUAUAGAGAUCCAUUUACCCUCCCAAUGUUACCUGAAGAAAAGAAGAGAGCUACAGCUGCCAAAUCUGAGCUUGCUUCUUUAUAUGGGGGUUGUGGUGAUCAGUUUGCUGUAAUAUCUGCAUUUGAAUGCUGGAGUAAUGCAAAGAAAAUGGGUCUAGAAGCACGGUUUUGUUCUCAGUAUUUUGUGUCUUCAAGCGCCAUGCACAUGUUAUCCGGCAUGCGUAGGCAACUCCAAACAGAACUCAUUCGAAAUGGUUUUAUUCUUGAAGAUGUUUCAAGUUACAGCAUGAAUGCAUAUGACCGGGGUAUACUGCAUGCGGUUUUGGUAGCAGGUUUGUAUCCAAUGGUUGGGAGAUUUUUACCAAAUAAAAAUGGAAAAAGGGUUAUUAUUGAAACUGCAAGUGGUGAUAAAGUUCGCCUGCACAGUCAUUCAACAAAUUGUAAGUUGUCAUUCAAGAAAAAUAUAGAUCACACUUUGCUAGUGUACGAUGAGAUUACCAGAGGUGAUGGGGGUAUGAAUAUAAGGAACUGCACUGUUGUUGGACCACUUCCCCUCUUACUUCUAUCAACAGAGAUUGCUGUUGCUCCAGCAAAAGUUGAUGAUGGGGAUGAGGAUGAUGAAGGGAGUGAAGAUGAAGUUGGAAGUGAAGAUGGGAUGGAGGUUGAUGACAAGUCCAGUGGACACUGCGAGGAUAAGUUUAUGUCUUCUCCUGAUAAUAUGGUUAGAAUAAUCAUGGACCGUUGGCUUUAUUUUGGUUCGACAGCAAUCGAUGUUGCUCAGCUAUACUGCUUGAGAGAGAGAUUAUCAACAGCAAUCUUAUACAAAGUGACACAUCCAAGGAAUACACUUCCUCCUAUCCUAGAGGCCUCUAUAUAUGCUCUCGCUUGCAUUCUGUCUUGUGAUGGAUGCUGUGGCAUACCAGUGACGUUAGAUGGUGUGGACACACUGACCACUAUGGUAAAUGCAACAAAUCUAGGCAAGCCAGCAACAGGGACAAAGCGGUUGGGUAAGAUUCCAAAAGGAUUCCUUGCAGAGUUUGUAAAUAAUGACGGACGCCAUACCUCUGGGCCCUCUUCUAAAGCUAGCAUUGCUGCAUUCAAAAACAGAGGAAAUCCAAGUGGGAUCUAUCCCAAACCAUACCCUCCUUUCACAUGAUAAUGGUUCAAACGGAAGUUAAAGAUGGUUUUAUUAUUCUAAUGUAUGUUUUACAGGAAGAUCAGUAUUGACAGGAAACUUUGGCUAGAAAAUCUCUAACUUAAAAAGGUUGCUUUCAGCUUAUAUAGAAUACAAAUCCUAUCAGUUCAGUGUAUAUAGUCAUCCUUUAACCCAUUCAAAAUUCUAGUGGGAUAUGAACUUUUAACAUGUAAAAUAG